UUUGGCAAAACCUUCGAGCGCGGAGGCUUCUGGGGACUACAGUCCGCACCAGCCGCCCGCUUCCUUCCAGGCCAGAGGCUCAGGUCACCGUGCAGGCCUCUCCCUCCGCUUCAAAGCAGUGGCUUUGAGACUGUGGGUGACGGCCAGGCACCAGACCAUCUGCGGCCCUGACCCAGGCUCCUGUCCUGCAUUCUGGUGACCUGCUGGCUCCCCGAGGGCCAGGACAUGCCCCAGAUGGGUCAAGGCUGAAUCAGCCAGGCUGGCAGGGUCCCUGGGAGCCCAGACCUGGCCACCGCCCAUCCAGGAAAGGAAGGGUGGGUGGCCGCUAUGCUGCAGGACCUGGGGCCUCCUGGCAUCUUGGGAACCCUGGCUUUGAGCCCCGCCCGAGGCCCCGCCCCUCCCCAGGAGGAAAAAGGCAGCUACCAGAGGCUCAGCUCACUCGCGCGGGGACCGGGACAGGAGGACAGCUCGCCGCCAUCUCCGCUCCAGGCAGGGCCAUGGACCCCCAUGAGAUGCUCGUCAAGAACCCAUAUGCCCACAUAAGCAUCCCGAGGGCUCACCUGCGGCCUGAGCUGGGGCAGCAGCUGAAGGCGAGCCCGUCCUCUGCAGAGUCGCAGCCUCUGCCCGUGCGGUCCUGCACCCUGGAGCCUCCAGAGGAAGCCCCGGGGCCCAAGGGCGCCAAGGGGGCUGCCUCCAUUUGGGGCCAGCCGGCCUGUGAGCAGCCCUGCAAGCCCUGUGGCAGCGGGCAGCGCCCAGCAGGACUGGCCUACGCCGGCCCGCCGCCCAUCGGGCGCGGCGACGACAUUGCCCAUCACUGCUGCUGCUGCCCCUGCUGCUCCUGCUGCCACUGCCCCCGCUUCUGCCGCUGCCACAGCUGCUGCUGUGUUGUCUCCUAGCCCGGCCCCCACUGGCCCCGAGGCCCGGCGCUGCCAGUGGGCCUCUGCUCAGGCGGCCACGCAAGUGCCUGGACAGUUGGGACCACCACUGUGAUGUUGUCAUGGGCACUGGCCGCUCCCCUCCCUAGACAGCUGCACCUCACCCACUGGGAAGGCUAACAGGUCAGCCCAGGCCCCUGGAACGGAGCCCUGGGCACUGCCUGUGCUGGGGACACCCUUGACUAUCUCUUCGAGGCCCAGGCCCAAGCAAUAAAGCCAUGCGAGCUCUG